GACAAGGGGAUGGUGGCCCACAUCAACCAGAGCCGACUCAAGGCCAAGGGCUUGGGCCAGCACCACAACGCCCGGAACUACGACAACCAGAGCUUUGAGGAGCUGCGAGCAAUCUGCCUGCGGAAGGGGGAGCUGUUCGAGGACCCCUUAUUCCCUGCCGAACCCAGUUCACUGGGCUUCAAGGAACUGGGCCCCAACUCCAAAAAUGUGCAGAACAUCAGCUGGCAGCGACCCAGUCAAAUCACAAGCAAUCCUCAAUUCAUUGUGAAUGGGGUCUCCCCGACAGACAUCUGCCAGGGGGUACUCGGGGACUGCUGGCUGCUGGCUGCCAUCGGCUCCCUGACCACCUACCCCAAACUGCUGUACCGCGUGGUGCCCAGAGGCCAGAGCUUCAAGAAAAACUAUACUGGCAUCUUCCAUUUUCAGAUUUGGCAGUUCGGGCAGUGGGUGGACGUGGUGGUGGAUGACCGGCUGCCCACAAAGAAUGGCAAGCUGGUGUUCGUGCACUCAGCCGAGCGCACUGAGUUCUGGAGUGCCCUGCUGGAGAAGGCGUACGCCAAGCUGAAUGGAUCCUAUGAAGCACUGUCAGGGGGCAACACGGUCGAGGGCUUUGAGGACUUCACGGGGGGUGUGACUGAGAGCAUCCAACUCCAGAGCCCCCCUCAGAACCUGCUGAGGAUGCUUAGGAAGGCCAUAGAGCGAUCCUCCCUCAUGGGCUGUUCCAUCGAAAUCACCAGCAACAGCGACUUGGAGACGUUGACCCAGAAGAUGCUGGUGAAAGGACAUGCUUACUCAGUGACCGGCCUGCACGACGUGUUGUACCAUGGCAGGAUGGAAACACUAAUUCGGGUCCGGAAUCCCUGGGGCCACAUUGAAUGGAAUGGAGCCUGGAGUGACAACGCCAAGGAGUGGGAAGAGGUGACCCCAGACAUCCAGAGGCAGCUGCUGCACAGGAAGGAGGACGGGGAGUUCUGGAUGUCCUACCAAGAUUUCCUGGACAACUUCACCCUCCUGGAGGUCUGCAACCUGAUCCCUGACAUGCUCUCCGAGGACCACAAGAGCUGCUGGCACACCACCUUCUACGAGGGCAGCUGGCGGAGGGGCAGCACCGCGGGGGGCUCCCGGAGCAACCUCGACACCUUUUGGACCAACCCCCAGUUUAAGAUCUCACUCCCCGAGGAGGAUGACGACCCGGAGGACAUAGAAGCUGUCUGUACCUGCCUGGUGGCCCUCAUGCAGAAGAACUGGAGGCAGGCAAGGCCCAGCGGAGCCCAGCUGCAGACCAUCGGCUUUGUCAUCUACCCGGUCCCUAAGGAGUUUCAGAACCUCCAGGACAUCCACUUGAAAAAGGACUUCUUCAUGAAGUAUCAGGACCUCGGCUUCUCAGAGAUCUUCACCAACUCGCGCGAGGUGAACAGCCACCUCCGGCUGCCCCCCGGGGACUAUAUCAUCAUUCCCUCAACCUUUGAGCCCCACAAGGAUGCUGACUUCCUGCUUCGCGUCUUCACAGAGAAGCACAGCGAGUCUUGGGAAUUGGAUGAAGCCAACUGCGCCGAGCUUCUCCAAGAGGAGAACAUCUCCGAGAAUGACAUAGACCAGGACUUCAUACGUUUGUUUCAUAUAGUGGCAGGUGGAGAGGGCAAGGAGAUAGGCAUGUAUGAGCUACAGAGGCUGCUCAACAAGGUGGUCUCCAAAUUCAAAAACCUCAGAACCAAGGGCUUCAGCCUGGAUGUGUGCCGCUGUAUGAUCAACCUCUUGGAUAAAGAUGGCUCUGGCAAACUGGGGCUUCAGGAGUUCCGGAUCCUGUGGAGAAAAAUCAAGAAAUGGACGGACAUCUUCCAAGAGUGUGACCAAGACCACUCAGGCACCUUGAACUCCUAUGAGAUGCGCUUGGCAAUUGAGAAAGCAGGUAUCAAACUGACUAACAAGGUGACACAGGUUCUGGUGGCCAGGUAUGCAAAUGACAACAUGAUCAUUGAUUUUGACAGCUUCAUCAGCUGUUUCCUGAGGCUGAAGGCCAUGUUCACAUACUUUCUAACCAUGGACCCCAGGAAUACUGGCCAUAUUUGCUUGAACCUGAACCAGUGGCUGCAGAUAACCAUGUGGGGAUAGAGUCACUGCCAGAGCCAGGCUUCCUACCACCACCACCGGCCCCCCGGGGGCUCUGGCCUGGGGAGGGGGUUACUCCUUGCUGCCGUCAGCUCUGCAGUCUCUGCUGGUGGAAUGGGCUCCAGGUAGUAGUGCCUGGGCCCCAGACACCGGGCUUACUCCAGCAGUGGGACCUCCAGGCCCAGUCUCCCAGCUCAAAGUGCUUUCCUUUAACACUAGCCAGGCUUCUGGCUGGAUUUACCCUACAGUCUCCCUCCCUGUCUGAGUACAUUUCACUAAAAAUUAGACGACACUUCCCCUGUAUCCCCUGGCUGGGAGGCUGGGAGGCUGGGAGUCUGUGCACGCCUCUUGUGCUGCUCACAUCCUCCUGCUUCAAGGCCUCUCUUUUCCCCCUCCCUCCUGUGCAUUAUUAUAAUGAACCACACAUGGUACUGGCUUCUGUGUCUCUGUGUUUCUGUGCCAGGAAAAGACGGGCAGGGGUGUAAGU